AAAGUUGCUGAUUUGCAAAUUCAUAAAAAGAUCGCAUUGGCUUAGUGAACCAGUGAACUAGCAGUAUAUCAUGACCUCUUGACCUUUCGUGGUUGAGUUUGUUUACGUCGGAGGGACGGGUCGUUCGUAGCCCGGGGGUAGAAUGUAUUGUUUAUUUUUGGCAUUAAUUGUUUUAUUAAGUGACUAUAUAUCUGGGACAUGCGUAAGUGAUGUGGUAGUAAAUGAUGUUCAGCGAUACCAUCUGUCAGUGAACAGGCCGUAGACGGAACACACUGGUCCAUGGGAUUGGCAAUGAAUACUGAAAACUUAGAUGACUAAGGAUCCUGUACAACGCUGUGACUAAGGGUGUGGUAGAUUGUCGAACACGUGAAACGGCCGCCAUGGGGAAUACUUUCAUUCAUUAUUAGUAAAUUUGUAGUAUUUUAGUUUUAAAAGAACCUCGUGGUUUAGCUGGGGUUUUCCCCAGUGAUAAAAAGUUGUGUAAUUAGGCCAAUGGUGAUCCGAUUUAACAGUGUCGAGUAUUUACCAACUUUGUUAAAUCUCAUGGAUAAAAAGUCUUCGAGUCCAGGAAAACCACCAUGGGAUGGAUUUACCCAGUCUCGUUUGAAUUUAACUCAGAGAUGGAAUACAUUACCACUUUAUCAGAGAGGUGCACCGCAGCAGGGAGCAUCUCGGCCUCAAUCAAAGAUAUAUCAGUCUGUUGGGAACCUUGUCCCAUUACAGCGUCCACCGAUCAGCUGGGCCAGACAACAGGGCAUCCUGUCGGCCAAACCACAACUCCCUGUCCUCACACGGCAGAUGACCGUUGGAUCUCUGCAGGCCAGAAGUCGGCCAGAACAAAGAAAAAUGGAUUCCAGUUUCUAUGCUGAGAACCUGCCAUCUAGUCAGGCCCUCGGUGAGGGUGGUGAGCUUGGCUCAUUUGAUGCCUCUAUUUUCGCAUCCAGUCCAAAUUCAUUGUACAUGUAUGAACAGGAGAAAGCUGAUAUGCAGAGCUCGCUAAACGUGCCUAACUGUACAAAUCCCAGCAAUAUGUUUUUCUCAGAUGACUUUGAUUUAGAGGAUACAUAUGAAACGUCCCAGGAUAUUCCUCCAGUGUGUGACAAUUUGUUAAUCAAAGGGACACCUGCUACCUCACAAGGCCUGGUAGACGAAGGGCAGACUAAACCUCUCCAGUCACAGCUUAGUAAGUGUGAUGACGUGUUCGAGGAUCCGACGUUGGCAGAAUUAAACUUUCCUCCGUUGUUGGAUGAUAUUGUGAAUCUCGCACCAAUCUGUACCUCAACCUCAACUGAGGUUGGAGGUCAAAGUUCAACAUCAACAGUGCAAAAGUCUUUUACAACAGAAUUUUUGAAAAAUUGGGUAUUAUCACAGAAUAACACAGACAAGACAGAUUCGCAGCCAACGUCUUCACGAUCUCUGUCAUCUGCUUGGUCUCUUACAGGAGUGUCGACAAAAUCAACAAUCGCCUGGCCUAUCGGAGGAAUGUCGUCACCAUCAACAACAGACACUUACUUAAACAGAAGAACCCUCUCCACCUCAAGCAUGAAUAAUAAGCCUAGUGUGCCAAUACGACAGAUAUCUGAAACUGUGUCCAGUUCAAAAGAUAUCAAAACUGAGUUAUCUCCCCUGUCUGUUGGUGUUGGUGGGGAAAAGUGUAGUAAUCAAGUGCUAAAAGCACUGAUUGGGAGUAAAAGGGCUCAGUCUCCUCCACGGAUCACUCAGGCUACUCCUUCCACCUCGGCUCUUGGUAAACGACGGAGCCCCCUGUCCAUUUCAACCUAUGACUCCAGUGACGUAGACCAGAAAUGGGAGGAAAUACGGCAGUUCAUACAUGAUGACGAGUCGAACUUGCCGACACGGUCAAAACUAAAGAGGGAGAGUAUUGACUCUGUUGGAUCCGUGGCCUCCAUAGAUGACGGAGACAGUGAUAUGGAGAGCAGCAGCGAUGACGAGGAUUGGAAUGAUUCAGACUCAGAUUCCGACAACAACCAGGACUCGUCCUGGUCAGCUAAGAAGAAGAAGGACUCCUCGAGUAAAAAAGAUCAGUAUUUCUGGCAGUAUAACAUCCAAUCAAAAGGGCCAAAAGGUACACGCAUGAACUUUGACCUUGAGCCCAGAAACCCACAUGUGUUACUUGACUUUGAGGAUCCUGUGUUCGAUGUUGAAAAAGGCAGAAAGCUUGGACUUGGUAAAUCAAUUAGACAUGGGGGCAAAGCUCGCAAAGGGGACGGAAACAAUGUGGAACCCAACCCCAAAAAAUUGGGAACGAUUGGACUACAGUUGAAAAAGAUCAACAAACAAAUAAAUGCAUUUGCUCCUUUGUGUGACAUGCCAGUUUCUACUCGAAAUAAGUCAAAGAAGGAGAAAAACAAACUGGCUUCCAGAGCCUGCCGUCUGAAGAAGAAGGCCCAACAUGAGGCGUACAAGGUGAAGCUUUACGGACUGGAGCUUGAACACAAGCAGCUGAUGACUGUGAUGGAUGAGAUCAAGUCUCGUGUGCGCGACGUCUUAGACAAGAAAGAGAAGGAGGGCAACCUGUCCUCUCAGCUGGAUGGUCUCAUCCAGAAACACCUCACUGUUAUGGUUGCUGGACAUACGACAGACUUUGUCAACAACGUCGUCAAGAAGGUUGAAGAUGGGGAUCCCACUGGCGGCUUGGUAACAUGAGAAUGAGGUCAAAGUCAGCUCAGAAGUUGGAAGACACCACAUGAAGAAUCGAGCCGGGGCUGGUAAAACAUCAUAGCCCCAUAUACAUACAAGUGUUCAUAUACAAUUUGAUCAUGUGACACAAUACAUUGAUCAUUUGUAUAAACUGAAAUAGAUCAUUUGACUUAUCUGAAGUGAUCAUGUGACCUUUUCAUGGUUGUCAUGUGACUUCAGUUCUAUGAUUAUGUGACAUCUACAUGCAGACAGAGCAUCAACAGUCCCACCAUCUCAUGGAAUAUAGUCAUCUGGAACAAUUAAGGAUUUGUUGUCAGCCCGUUGUAGCUAGGAAACAUCACAGCAUUUCAGUGUUUUCUAUAGGUCCAUUCUUACUAAGGAGGAAGGAGAUAUCUUGAUUUUUAACACGUGUUAUGAAAAAUGAAAACAAAUCCACCAAAAUGUAUAUAUCAUCCUUAUCACAGUAGUACAUAGUAGUACUCAUGAUGUAAAUGUUUUUUUUGCCCAGUCUGUCCGUCUCUAUUUAUUUCAUUCUGUAUAUACGUUGACAAGUCAUUGAGUUAUACAAAUCAAGUCAUUACAAUUAUUACAAUGACCGUGGAAAAUUAAAAGAAUGACCAUGUGUAGAACAGUCCAGGUUCAGAUUGAAAUGGUUCCAUAGUGGUUGUAGUGUAAUAACUGAGGAGGUUUCUCAGUUUUAAGGCUGCUUUUCUCAUGUUGCUUGUGAUUUUUCUUUUAAUUAAUUUUAAGAGAUUUCAGAAAAACUAGUAGAUAAACAUGUUAUGUAAAGGGUAUGAUUUAAAGAUGAUCUAGUGUUUACAGUUAUAACAGUUUAGUUAAAGGUUAGGAGAUUUUAGAAAAACAUAUAAGAUGUCUAUGUGUCAAGAGCUUUAUAAAAUAACUAUAGGUGUUGUCCAUUGAGACAUACACAGGGCAGGGGUGAGUGUUCUGUGAUCUUGUUAUUUCAUGAACUAAAUAGAUGUCAGAAUUAAAAUAAGUUUAUUAUCUAGGUAUUAUUAAUUUCUUGACAUUUAUUGAAUUCUAUUAUAUAAGUGUAUAGCCUGGUAAUUUAAGUUUUUUGUUAGAGUUUAUUGACAAUUAUGUUGUUAUUUCAGCUAAUGAUGUGGAAAAUAAGUGUUAAUUAAGAUAUACGUAAUGUGAUCUGAUAUUAGACCUUUGUUAUUUAUGAAUGAGAUAUACAAUGUAUAGAGACGUUAACACAGGGAUAAUAGCUAUUGUAUUAAAUAUUCUUUGAAAUAUAAAGCAAUAACACUUUUUCUGGACAAUGUCCUCUGAAAAAAAAUCUGGUUGGCCUGCAUAUUUAUCUAAUGCGAAAUAGAAUUUUGUGAUUUUGUCUGUACCUGGUAGUCUGUACAAGCCUGCAAAAUCAUUCCAGUAUCAAUCUAUGCAUACAGAUCAAAUUAUAUGGAAAUCUCUUCCAUGAUGUGAAUUACCUCUUAGUAAUUAUUUUGCUAAUGUAAAUAAAUCAGUCAAAUUUUUUCAUUGUCUUCUUCUUUUGUUUUCUGAUCAGAAAACAGUGUCUAGUACUUCUUGUCCCUAUUUUAAAAUUGUUAGACCUGAAGGAGAAACUUUCUGUUUGUAGGUUAGCAGAUCUGAGGUAGACACUUCCUGUCUGCAUGUUGUCAGAUCUAGACACUUCCUGUCUGUAAGUUGUCAGAUCUUGACACUUCCUGUCUGUAAGUUGUCAGAUCUAAACACUUCCUUUUUGUAAGUUGUCAGAUCUUGACACUUCCUGUCUGUAAGAAGUCAAAUGUAGACAAUUCCUGUCUGUUAGUUGUCAGAUCUAGACACAACCUAUCUGUUGUCAGAUCUAUACACCUCCUAUCUGUUUUCAGAUCUACAGUAGACUACCUGUCUGUUGUCAGGUCUGUAAAUUGUGAGAUCUUAGACAUUUCCAGUCUGUAAGUUGUAAGAUUUAGACACUACCUGUCUGUAAAUUAUGAGAUCUUAGACAUUUCCUAUCUGUUGUUAGAUCUACAGUAGACUACCUGUCUGUUUUCAGGUCUAGACACUAUUGUCAGUUGUCAGAUCUAGACACUACCUGUCUGUAAGGUGUGAGAUCUAGACACUUCCUGUCUGUUGUCAGAUCUAGACACUUCCUGUCUGUUGUCAGAUCUAGACACUUCCUUUCUGUUGUCAGAUCUAGACACUUCCUAUCUGUUGUCAGAUCUAGACACUAUCUAUCUGUAAGAUCUAGACACUUCCUGUCUGUUGUAAGAUCUAGACACUUCCUGUCUGUUGUCAGAUCUAGACACUUCCUGUCUGUUGUCAGAUCUAGACACUUCAUUUCUGUUGUCAGAUCUAGACACUUCCUAUCUGUUGUCAGAUCUAGACACUAUCUAUCUGUAAGAUCUAGACACUUCCUAUGUGUAAGUUUUCAGAUCUAUACAUUUCCUGUCUGUUGUCAAUUCUAGACAUUUCCUGUCCGUAAGUUGUCAAAUCUGUAGCAGGUACUUCCUGUCUGUACAUCAUUAGAUCUGAGGUAGGUACUUCCUGUCUGUAUGUUGUCAAUUUUGUAGUAGGCACUUCCUGUCUGUACAUGGUAAGAUCUGAAAUAGUUUCUUGUUUGUCUUUGUGCUGUCGGAUCUAGACACUCUCUCUGUAUAUGUUGUCAGAUCUGAGGUAGACCAAAUGUUAAAAGAUGGUUGGAGUUUACCUUUUGAUCUUAAUUAUUAAAUGAAAUUGUUAUUGUUAUACUGUUGUUAAGUUUUAAAACUGAGCACUCCCUUUGUCAUAUCUUUAAAACUGAACACUCCCUUUGUCAUAUCUUUAAAAUUGAACACUCCCUUUGUCAUAUCGAAGGACAAGGUAUAAAUCAAUGGUAGGGUAAACAUAUCUGAACUUCUCAUUUACUGCAAGACUCAUUCUGACCAGUAGAGAAAAGCUUUAAUAGGACCAGAAGGUAUAAUUACAAAAAAUUAAGCAAUUAAAGUGGUGUCUUUCAACUGUUCAAACUUAUUGUUCUGCUAGCUUACCACAUUAUUACAUUUACCAUAUUGUAAUGUAAGUUGGAUGUAAACAACCAUUGUAAGAACGGUUGAUUCGGAGAAAAUGUUGAGAUUCUCGGAAACAUCUGCUGCUUAUUAUUAAGAUCUUUGUCAAGAAUAGUAACAUUAUUUGUUUAAUUGGUAAUGAAGUGAAUCAAAAGCAGGUUCAAUAUAAAUCUGUAAUGUAGGGGCUGAUUUGUUAUUAAAGUUUGUGAAUUUGCAUCCUAAACAGUUAUGAAUUUGCAUUCAAAAGGUCUAAAUUUUGCAGGUCGCUAAUACAGUAAAAUGUUAUGUAUGUUAAAAAUAAAUUGAUAAUUUUCA